AUGCCAGCCCUGCUCCUCGUGGUGUUCCUCGUGGAACUCGCCGUCCACCUCGUCAACACGAUCGGCGCCUCGUCCAUCAACAACCUGCUAUGGACCCUCUACCUCAUGCUCCCGACCGAGACGUCGAAAAACUCUAGACAGCGGCAGAAGCUGCAGAGCGAAUACCUCAAGGUGCGGCGCGACCUCAAUGCAACGAGCAGCCAGGACGAGUUCGCCAAAUGGGCCAAGCUCAGGCGCCAACACGACAAGCUCAUGGAGCAGCUGGAAAAGAUGAAGACGUCCCACGAUGCGACCAAGACAAAGUUUGACAGCACGGUCGGGGUGGUGCGCUGGUCCCUCACGCGGGGCCUCAAGAUCGUACUGCCGCUCUGGUACUCGAGGCAGCCCAUGUUCUGGCUGCCCAAGGGCUGGUUCCCCUACUACGUCGAGUGGAUCCUGUCGUUCCCGCGUGCACCACUGGGCAGCAUCAGCAUCGUGUCGUGGCAGAUGGCGUGCACGGGGGUCAUCAUGCUGGUGAGCGACACCAUCACGGCCGUCCUGGGACUGAUACUGGGCGCGCGGCUGCAGGCACGCGAGAAGCCGGUCAAGGCCGCGGCGCCCAAGGAAGAAGGAAAAGCGCAGGCCAAGAAGGACUCAUGA